ACGGUUAAGGGUGACGUGAUUGAUGUGAUAUUUAUUUAAUAGUGAUUGCAUCCUUUGAUUGGCAUUGAGUUCUUAACACCCUUUCAGUUCAUCUGCAUACGUACUAUAAUAGUGGAACAUUGUGCUAGUAAUUUACGUUAGAAAUGUAACAGGGGGGUUUUACGUAGGUAUUUAGACGAUUGCAUAUCAAUGGAAGAACUGUUAGUUGAUUUUAUCCACCCAGAUACAUAUACGUAGCAUUGGCCAGUGAUCGGAGAAAUCUGUCAAAUUCGACUCACCACAUGCUAUACGUAUACUCGAGUAUGUAUGUACACACAAACGUAUGUACAAUACGCAGGGCAGUGCACAAUUGUGGGAAUUGAGAAAGAGAACACUUUCUUGAAGUGAUACAGCAUAUUGUGUCGGAGAAAUCGGAAAAGCCUGCUCGCUAUAAUGGAUUGGUCAAAGAAUGUACUCUGCUCGACAAGGAAAUAAGUGAUCUGGCAGAGUGUGAAACGAGAUAGGAAUAACUCUGUUCUCUUCAAAGAAGCUUUGUGUGUAUUUACCAUAAUAUAAAUUUGAAAAUAUUGGACUUUUAGAAUGAAAUUCCACUCGAAGGAAUGGAGUACCGGAAAAACGUGUGAUCACCCACAUCGAUCAAUCAGUGUCUCUCUCCGAUGCUGAAGGAAAGUAAUUCGUCUAAUCGAGCCUUCCAGGACUUCUCCGUCUGAAUUGAAGAGCAGGACAGUUCAUACAAGAAAAAGGCACUAUAUUCCACUUUCUCUCUCUCUUUAGUACCACAUAUGCACAUAUGUAUGCCUUGGAGCAAUGUUAAGCAACUUAAACCCUGAAUCUAAUCUAUCCAUGAACACAAAAGGAACAUACUGUAUUUUCUAGCCAAUUGCCAAAUAAAAACCUUGAAAAACAACACAGAUGUUAUAAUGAAAUACUGAUAAAUAUGUCCUUGUACAUUCUUUGAAGAUUUGAUUAAAUUUCGUAAAAGGGUUUAUACCAAUACAAAUUUUUCAUGCAUCGGAUGAUAAAGUACUAAAUUGAUACUGAUUGGUCAAUCAUCAUAAAUUGGAAAUCUUAGCAACGAAGGUAUACACAUAUCUACAAUCAAUUUGAUCAAAUAUUUUUCUAGAGGAGGCGUUCCAAAAAUUUCUUGUUUCAGGAUUGCACAUAGUGAACAUCACAGAGUUAAAGGGUAAUUCCACUCGUGGAAUUAUUUUUAUAAAGAACUGACAAAUACUUUUGCAAAAGGCACCUCUUGAAUUCCAAACAAUGGAUCACUCAUUUCCAGUAUUGUUUUUGAUAAUUUUCCUAUUUUAUCAAAGUUUUGUUCUGUGUCGUCAUCAUGGUAAAACUGUCGAGUUAUUUUGCAACGUGUGCGACACACUUAACUCGAGCGAAACUGACUGCUUCCAACUGCCUGACAAAAAGAAGUACAGUAUUCGGCAGAAAAUGGGAGUUCUGGGCUGGCCGGUUUGCUACACGAUCAAAUCUCUGGAUAAAACAGUUGCGCAACGCGGAAUGAUUCAAGAAUUCGAUGGAACUCCGUACUGGAAGCCAAAUUUUGAUGGUUGCAGAACUUUUUACGAUGACAAUUUAGAACUGAAAAUGGAGGUCUGCAUUUGUAUAACAGACAACUGUAAUGAUAAGUAAGAAAGUCUGCAUUUGUAUAACAGACAACUGUAAUGAUAAGUAAGAAAGUCUGCAUUUGUAUAACAGACAACUGUAAUGAUAAGUAAGAAAGUAUCAAGAAGUUGGAGAAAUAAAUAGCAUACGGGAAUUUAAGACUAUAUUAAAAUGUAUGUAUUAUUAUUUCCUUCUAAGAGCCUGUCCAAAUUUCUUAAUUACUUGGUUUAAUUCAAUUUCAUUGUGCAAAAGCCACAAGACCAGAAGAAAGAAGGACAGGCGGCAAUUUAAUUUGCAAUUUUCCUGCGAUAAUUCAUUCUCCUUGGUCGAAUAUUAGACGAGGCGGAGGAGACCACUAUUAUAUUAGUUUCAAGAUUUCAUUUCCUUCUU